AAUUCAAUUCGAUCUUCCAUUGUUUAUAUAUGCAGAUAUGUCAAUAUAAAUACAAGGCCAAGCCUUGAGAUUUUAAUCAGUAUUUUCAUUAGCAAAUGGCUUACAAACAAAUUUCAAUCUUCCCCAUUUUAUUAUUGCUAGCAUUGUCUUCAACUCAGCUAGCAACUCCUUUCCCUUCUGCCUACAGCCAACUCGACUAUUAUUUCUACGACAGUUCAUGCCCACGUUUGGAAAUGAUCGUCAAGUAUGGCGUUUGGGCAGCCAUCCAGAAUGAGACCAGGAUUGCUGCCUCCCUCCUUCGCUUGCACUUCCAUGAUUGUUUUGUUAAUGGUUGCGAUGCGUCAAUCCUUCUCGACGACACAGAUAAACUCAAAGGGGAGAAGAACGCUCGUCCAAAUCGAAACUCUGCUAGAGGAUUUGAAAUCAUUGAGAGUAUAAAAGCAGACGUUGAAAGAGCUUGCCCUUCAACUGUUUCAUGUGCUGAUAUUGUGGCCCUUGUCGCAAGAGAAGCUGUCGUUUUGUCUGGAGGGCCAUUUUGGUAUGUUCCCUUAGGCCGGCGAGACGGACUAACGGCUAGUCAGCAGGCAGCUAAUCAAAACUUGCCAGGACCUUUUGAUUCACUGCAAAAUCUCACUGCUAAGUUCAUAGCAAAAGGCCUUGAUGUAAAGGAUCUUGUGGUCCUCUCAGGAGCACAUACCAUAGGUUUUGCUCAGUGCUUCACGUUCAAGAGCAGGCUCUUUAACUUCAAAGGCUCUGGCAAGCCUGAUCCUAGGCUUGAUUCUUCAUCCCUCACAAACUUGCAAGGCAUGUGUCCCAACAAAGAUACAUCAAACAGCAAUCUUGCUCCUCUAGACUCAUCAACUAUUUACAGCUUUGACAAUUCAUAUUAUACCAACCUCGUGAGCAACUCAGUUCUUCUUGAGUCUGAUCAAGCUCUAAUGGAUGACGACACAACUGCUGCUUUGGUUAAUUCAUAUAGUGCAUAUCCAUAUCUUUUUUCCAAUGAUUUUGCAGCAUCCAUGGUGAAGAUGGGCAAAGUUGGCGUACUUACGGGGGAAAAUGGGGAAAUUAGAAAGAAAUGUGGGUCUGUAAAUUAAGUUUAUUAAACCAAGUUGGCAUAUGUAAUGUUGGUGAUCUUUUUUAUGGAAGUUAUGUGUAAGCUAUCAGCAAAAUAAAUAAUUUAAUUAGGUAUUAUGUGGAAUGCACAAUGGCCAUUUAAUAGUUGGUAUCAAUGUGAAAGCCGCAUGUGAACUAUUGUGACGA